AUGGCGCUGAAAAUAAUGCAACCAAACACGACGAAGUUAAGACAUCACAGCGUGCGAUUUUCUGGCGACGAGCUGCCGAAAUAUAAGUCUUUGGACCACUCUGAAACAUCAAUGCCAGACUACGCGGGGCCCCAGUCGUUCCCCGGAAUAGACUCCGGGGCCCCAAGCCCCGACAAUUGUCCGUAUGUACCAGCCGCACAAAGAUUUCGACUUAAUGAGCAACGUAUUAAACUACUCACAGCAAUCAACCAAAUAGUGCAGCAUCGCGCUGAGUUAGAAUCGAACCGCAUGACCCUCUCUUCCCUCCUUGAGGAGUUGAGGAGGAAGCUUAAGAGGAGGGUCGAGGAGUGCCAUUUUGAAAAGCGGGAACAGAUGAAGGCCUUAAAACAGGCAAACCAGCGGCUCGAGAAAGAGAAGCACAGCAUAACGAGCGAGAUAGACCACUUGAAGCGUCAUCUGGACAAGGAAGAGGCCCACCACGUGCAACACGCGAGGAAUGCUGUUGUGCAUGCAAUCCAGGGAGUCACGAAAGCUCCGAACGAUUUAUUCACCCCCUGUUCCGUUUCACAUCUUCCGGACAUCGUCAGCCGAAACGUCGCUAAGAACGCGCCGUCGAAAGUUGCAGAUUAUAAGCUAGCAGCGGCGAGACUCAUGCGAGACAUUGUUGACUUGCGACAGCGACUCGCGCAAGUCGAGGCUAAACUGGCCAAUGAAUUGAAGCGUAAACGGCAGGUUGAGAUCGACAUUGUACGACUGAGGAAGGAGCUAUCGGCCUCGAAGAGCAACAUCGCGUCUCUCCGUUUGCUGCCCGCGCCGCAACCGCGGAAGCCUUGCUCGCGAUUCGCAUAA